GAAGUCAUCGCCCUUUCUCUUCCGGCGUGCUGUGGGAAAAUGGCGACGGACACGCAGGUUUCAGACACUCUCAAGAGAUUUGCUGCAAGAGUCACUACAGCCAGUGUAAAAGAGAGGCAGCAGAUACUUUCUGAUUUGGGGAACUGUGUUAAUGGAAAAGAUCUCCCUGAUGCUGCUGUGAGAGGCCUGUGCAAACUUUUCUGCUUAACACUUCAUCGUUACAGGGAUGCAACGUCCCAGAGAGCUCUUCAGGCAGUUAUUCAGCAGCUGGUUGAAAGUCAUCCUGAGACGACGACAAAACAUUUGGUGCAGUGUUUGCAGUCAACAGGAAUCACCUGUAAGAAUGGCAAUCCAAGUAAGAGCAGUGCAUCAGCAGCAUCCCUUGCUCUCAGUUGGACAUUACUGCUGGUCAAGGCAGCCUACACGGCACCUGAGAAACAAGCAACGGAGAUGUGGAAAAAGAUGGUGGAAGUACAGUGUUUGCUUUUAACAGAGGUCCUGGGCGGUGGGAACAAGCACACAGUGAAUGGAGUUCUGAAAAAGCUCAGGCAUCUAUGGAAAGAGAACACUGAACUUGCACAGCAAUAUCUGGCAACAAUUGUGGGUCUGGAACCAAACCCAUUACAUCUAGCUAUGCUGGGAGUACUGGUUCAGUACUGUACAGACCAGAAAGACAUUGCCACCAUCAACAAACAUAAGAAUGGCAUUUUGGAGCUCUAUGUGAAGACUGUCCUCUUGAGCAAGAUAAAACCUCCAAAGUACCUUUUGGAACGCUGUCAGCCUCUACUUCGCCAUGUGUCCCAUCAAGAGUUCAAGGACUCCCUCCUCCCUAUGGUGCACAAAUCUAUUUUGCGCAGCCCUGAAAAUGUAAUUGAGACUAUCUCCUACCUACUAUCUUCAGUAACCCUUGAUCUAAGCCAGUAUGCAGUGGAUAUUGCCAAAGGCCUUGCAAGCCAGUUGAAGUCUAACAAUCCUCAAAUGAUGGACGAGGCUGUGAUAGCUUUACGCAACUUGACCCACCAAUGCAGUGAUCCGUCUGCUGCUGAAUCUCUUGUCAGACACCUCUUUGCCAUUCUUGGAGGUUCCGAGGGCAAACUGACUGCUGUGGCCCAGAAGAUGAGUGUUCUAUCAGGUAUUGGAAGCUGCAGUCACCACACAGUCAGUGCUUCGUCAAGUCAAGCCCUGAGUGGUACGGUUGCCGAGCUGUUCAUUCCCUUCCUGCAACAAGAAGUUCACGAGGGCACAUUGCUUCAUGCCAUUUCCAUUCUUGCACUCUGGUGCAGCAAGUUCACGACUGAGGUCCCUAAGAAGCUAGUAGAAUGGUUCAAGAAGGCCUUUACCCUGAAAACAUCAACAUCAGCUAUUAGGCAUGCAUACUUGCAGUGUAUGCUAGCUUCAUUCCAUGGUGACACUUUACUUCAAGCGUUAGAACUGUUGCCGCUAUUCCUGCAGACUGUUGAAAAGGUGGCCUCGCAGAACACCCAGGUUCCCAUAGUAACAGAAGGUGUUGCAGCUGCUGUUUUGAUCUGCAGGCUGUCUUUGGUGGACACACAAGUUGAAAGCAAGCUGACAACUUUCUGGACACUACUUUUGGAUGAGAAGAAGCAGUUCUUUACCUCUGAAAAAUUCCUUUCUCUUGCUUCAGAGGAUGCUCUUUGCACAGUGUUGCAACUCACAGAGAGACUGCUUUUGGACCUUCCAGAAAUCAAGGGCCAGGUGUACCACAAAGCCUUGGUGGCUGUGCUGCUGAGCAAAACGUGGCGAGUUCGAAAACAGGCUCAGCAGACUGUCAGGAAGUUGCUUUCAUCACUGGGUGGUGUUAAAUUAGCAUAUGGGCUACUGGAAGAGCUCCAAAUCAUUCUGAACACCCACAAGGUGAUCCCUCUGGAAGGAUUAAUGGCAGAAUCAGGUGAACCCACAGAAGCUGGAAAGUCUUAUAUCCCACCUCGUGUACUGGUGGAGGCAUUGUGUGCGAUAACAAAUAUUCCAGGAUUGGAGAACGAUGUCAGCGAGGCUGAGAAAUUGGCCAGAGAUAUUGUAUUCAUGGCACAUCACCCUUCCAUAGAGGCUGCUCAAACGGGACUAUGGUCAGCCAUUCUCCUGCGACUGAAGCUGGACCCCUCUGAAUUCAUUAAAAAGCAUCUGACUGAUAUUUUGCCCAGUGUAAACUCUCAGGCAGUCAAGAACCAGGCUGUCAUAAAUACAGUAGGCUCCCUGUCGAUCCAUGCUUCAUCAGUUGUAUUGCCACACCUGUGCAGCCUGAUCACAAGCAUGUUGGAAAACCAUGCUUUCCACCAGGUGACUAAAGAGGAAUAUGAGAUCAUGCUGGUUCCUGAGGGAGUGCUGUAUGAUAAAUCGUUCCUUCAAAUGGCUCAACAGGAAACCACAAAAAAGGCCAAUCUGAAGCGAGAGAACAAAGCUUAUUCAUUCAAAGAGCAGAUUAUUGACUUGGAACUCAAAGAGGAAAUAAAGAAGAAGAAAGGUCUGAAAGAUGAGGUACAACUGAGCAACAAACAGAAGGAGAUGCUGCAGGCCCAGCUGGAAAGAGAGUCUGUGAUCAGGAAGCGAUUGCAACAGUUGGAUGAAGAUUUGCAGUCUGCUCUAAACGUACUGAAUGCCGUCAUCGAGAGGAACCCACGUGGUUUAUCACAGCAGAUCCCUGCUUUGAUUCGUGUAUUCCUGCCACUAUUCCAAUCGCCAUUAGUUGCUCCCAGACUUAAGGAAACGUUCCUGGCUUUGAGUUCAUGUGUCUUGUCAGCAGAUCUAAAAAACCUGGGCUGCCUGGUUGGUAAUGUGACUCUCCGGCUGCUAAAACCUGCCUGCAGUUUGAAUGAAGCUUGGUGUCAAGAAGAACUCCUAACAGCCACUGCUCGUGCUGUGUGUCUACUGCGUUCACGUACCGUGCCCAACCGUGCUGGCAAAGUUGAGGCAGAUGUGAAACCCCUUACGGCUCCUGCCUUUGCAUAUUGCUUCCCACUGUUAAAGAUGGUUUUGACAGACACAGUAAAUGACAGUGAAGAAAAGGAGGGUAUGUUGAUUCAGGCACUUCAAGUAAUCAACGAACAUGCUCAGCUUCGAUCAACAGCUGACAGCUCUCAGCUAAUUGAUGAGAAUGGACCUGAACUGCUGCCACGAACGGCAAUGCUACUCCUGCUGACCAGGGUCAUGGCCACAGGCUCACCACGACUCCAGGUACUGGCUUCAAAUACUCUGACAUCCUUGUGUGCCAGCAGCAGUGGCGAGGAAGGAUGUGCAUAUGCUGAACAGGAAGAGAUUGACGUCCUGUUGCAAGCUCUGCUGUCACCGUGUUCUGCAGUGCGGGAUGCUGCUCUAAGGGGAUUGUUGGAGAUGAACAUGGUGCUCCCCACACCCGACAGUGAUGAGAAGAAUGGAUUGAAACUACUGCGCAGACUUUGGGUUUCCCAGUUUGAUGUGGAUGAUGAGAGCAGACUGCAAGCUAAAAAGUUGUGGGACACCAUGGGACUGGAGUUGCAGCCAAACCUUUGCUCACAGCUGAUUAAGGAUGUGAUAUAUCAUGAGGAAGCAAUACGCCAAGCAGGAGCGGAAGCACUGUCCAAAGCCGUGGCACAGUAUCAGCAGCAGGCUGCUGAAGUGAUGGCUAAACUUAUUGAAAUUUACCAGGAGAAACUUUAUAGGCCACCUCCUGUGUUGGAUGCCCUUGGUCGAGUAAUAUCCGAAUCCCCACCUGAUCAGUGGGAAGCCAGGUGUGGAAUUGCUCUGGCUUUGAACAAACUCUCCGAGUAUUUUGAUGGAUCACAGGUCAAGCUGCUAUUCCAAUUCUAUGUGCCUGAAGCCUUGAAUGACCGCCACCCUGAGGUCAGAAAAUGCAUGUUGGAUGCAGCUCUGGCUGCACUUAACACCCAUGGAAAGGAUAACGUCACUUCGCUCCUACCAGUGUUUGAAGAAUUCCUGAGAAAUGCCCCUAAUGAUGCUAGUUAUGAUGCUGUGAGGCAAAGUGUGGUCAUUCUCAUGGGUUCUCUGGCAAAGCAUUUGGAUAAAAGUGAUCCCAAAGUGAAACCCAUUGUGGCAAAGCUCAUCACUGCACUCUCAACGCCAUCCCAACAGGUUCAGGAGUCAGUGGCCAGCUGCCUGCCACCACUGGUCCCUGCCAUCAGAGAUGAUGCCGCUGGCAUGGUUCAGAAACUGCUGCAGCUAUUACUGGAGUCAGAUAAAUAUGCUGAGCGGAAAGGGGCGGCGUAUGGACUGGCUGGACUGGUAAAAGGAUUAGGGAUUCUCGCCCUGAAGCAGCAGGAAAUAAUGGUGACAUUGACAGAUGCCAUUCAGGACAAGAAGAACUUCCGGAGAAGGGAAGGUGCUCUGUUUGCUUUUGAGAUGUUGUGCAAUAUGCUGGGGAAACUCUUCGAGCCAUAUGUGGUGCACGUGCUCCCUCACUUGCUCUUGUGUUUUGGUGAUGGCAACCAGUAUGUCCGAGAGGCAUCUGAUGAUACUGCAAAGGCAGUGAUGCGAAAUCUGAGUGCACACGGUGUGAAGCUUGUGCUGCCUUCGCUGCUCGUUGCUCUGGAGGAGGAAUCCUGGAGAACUAAAGCAGGUUCAGUGGAAUUGCUGGGUGCCAUGGCAUACUGUGCUCCCAAGCAGCUGUCGUCCUGUCUGCCGAGCAUUGUACCCAAGUUGACCGAGGUCCUGACGGAUUCCCACGUGAAGGUGCAGAAGGCAGGACAGCAGGCUUUACGGCAGAUUGGCUCUGUUAUCAGGAACCCAGAAAUCUUGGCAAUCACACCAGUCCUGCUAGAUGCCCUGACAGAUCCAUCCAGAAGGACACAGUUAUGCCUUCAGACUCUGCUCGAUACCAAGUUUGUCCACUUUAUUGAUGCACCAUCUCUGGCCCUGAUCAUGCCAAUUGUGCAGAGAGCAUUCCAGGAUCGAUCCACAGAUACCCGUAAGAUGGCAGCUCAGAUUAUUGGAAACAUGUAUUCCCUUACAGACCAGAAGGAUCUUGCACCGUACCUGCCCAGUGUGAUGCCUGGAUUGAAGCUGUCUCUGUUGGACCCUGUUCCAGAGGUUCGCACAGUGUCAGCAAAGGCUCUGGGAGCAAUGGUGAAGGGAAUGGGCGAGUCGUGCUUUGAUGACCUGCUGCCUUGGCUUAUGGAAAUGCUGGCAUCAGAGCAGAGUUCAGUUGAUCGAUCUGGUGCUGCACAAGGCUUGGCAGAGGUAAUGGCUGGGCUUGGAGUUGAAAAGCUGGAAAAGCUCAUGCCAGACAUCGUGGCCACAGCCAGCAAAGUGGAGAUUGCCCCACAUGUCCGUGAUGGUUACAUGAUGAUGUUCAUCUACCUACCUGUCACCUUUGGCGACAAGUUUACUGCAUAUGUGGGAGCCAUCAUACCUUGCAUUCUGAAGGCUCUGGCGGAUGAGAAUGAAUUUGUUCGUGACACUGCUCUGCGUGCUGGACAGCGAAUCAUAAGCAUGUACGCAGAGACUGCCAUAGCACUACUACUUCCAGAACUGGAGCAGGGAUUGUUUGAUGAUAACUGGCGAAUCAGGUUCAGUUCCGUCCAGUUGCUGGGAGACUUGCUAUUCCAUGUGUCGGGGGUGACUGGAAAGAUGACAACAGAGACUGCCUCAGAGGAUGACAAUUUUGGUACCGCCCAGUCCAAUAAGGCUAUAAUUACUGCACUGGGGCAGGAGAGGCGGAAUCGUGUACUGGCUGGGCUCUACAUGGGCCGAUCUGACACACAACUCGUGGUGCGUCAGGCCUCGCUACACGUCUGGAAAAUUGUUGUGUCCAACACUCCACGCACUCUUCGCGAGAUAUUGCCAACACUCUUCACUCUGUUGCUGGGUUUCUUGGCCAGCACCUGCGCUGACAAGAGAACGAUUGCUGCAAGGACGCUGGGUGACCUUGUGCGAAAGCUUGGGGAGAAGAUCUUGCCAGAAAUUAUUCCAAUCCUGGAAGCGGGGUUAAAAUCGGAUAAAAGUGACGAGAGGCAGGGUGUUUGUAUCGGUCUCAGUGAGAUCAUGAAAUCCACCAGCAAAGAUGCAGUACUUGUCUUCUCUGAGUCUCUCGUUCCCACAGUACAGAAGGCCCUCUGCGACCCCCUUGAAGAAGUCCGUGAAGCUGCUUCCAAGACAUUUGAGCAGCUUCACUCAACAAUUGGGUAUCAGGCCCUUGAUGACAUUCUUCCAUUCCUGCUGGAGCAACUUAAUGGUGUGGAAAUGGCAGAGUUUGCUCUGGAUGGAUUGAAGCAAGUGAUGGGAGUAAAGAGUCGAGUUGUUCUUCCCUACCUAGUGCCAAAGCUUAUAACACCACCAGUGAACACACAAGUGCUAGCAUUCCUGUCUUCAGUGGCAGGUGAUGCAUUGACACGCCACCUCAAUGUGAUCCUACCUGCUGUCAUGACUGCGCUGAAGAACAAGAUGGGAACUGAUGAAGAGCAAGAGGAACUGGCUAACUGUCAGACAGUAAUUUUGUCUGUGGGAGAUGAGAUUGGUCAAAGAGUCAUUCUAGAGGAUCUCCUGGAAGCAACAAGGAAUUCGGAUGUUGGGAUGCGCAAAGCUGCAGCAACGAUCAUCAAUAUUUACUGCUCGAAGACCAAGGCUGACUACUUUGGCCAUGUCAGGAACUUGAUGUCUGGCUUGAUCAGGUUGCUCAAUGACUCGGAUGAGACUGUCCUGAAUGAGAGUUGGGAUGCUCUAAAUGCAAUAACCAAGAAGCUGGAUGCUGGGAGCCAACUAUCACUCGUGGAUGAUCUACACAGAGACAUCCGUGCAGCAGCUGCAGAGGCCAAAGGGGAGCAUUUACUGGGAUUCUGCAUUCCCAAGAAAGGUGUUACAUCAAUUCUCCCCAUUCUACGAGAAGGCAUAUUGACCGGAAGCCCUGAGCAGAAGGAGGAAGCUGCCAAAGCCCUUGGGCUUGUAAUCAAGCUAACUUCUGCAGAAGCACUGAAACCAUCUGUGGUGAACAUCACUGGACCUCUAAUUCGUAUCUUGGGCGAUCGGUUCAGCUGGAACGUGAAGGUUGCUCUCCUGGACACCCUCAGUUUAUUGCUCAGUAAGGUGGGGAUUGCCCUGAAGCCUUUCCUUCCACAGCUUCAAACCACCUUCACAAAAGCCCUGUCUGAUACAAACCGUGCUGUCCGCCUAAAAGCAGCAGAAGCUCUUGGAAAUCUGAUAGUUAUUCACACCAAGGUGGACCCAUUGUUUACUGAACUGCUGAAUCUAGUGCGGAAUGCAGAUGAUUCUAGUGUGAGAGAGACUCAACUUCAGGCCCUGCGCUUUGUCAUCCAAGGGGCUGGUGCCAAGGUUGAUGGAAAUAUACGGAAAAACAUCACCACUUUGUUGUUGGGCAUGCUGGGGCAUGAUGAGGAUGCCACGCGCAUGGCUUCAGCUGGUUGUUUAGGAGAACUGUGUUCAUAUUUACCAGAUGAUGAACUCGGUACAAUUCUCAAAAACCACCUUUUGGCUGAUGUAUCUGGUAUUGACUGGAUGGUGAGACAUGGACGGAGUGUGGCCCUAUCGAUUGCAGUGAAAGCAGCUCCCAGCAAGCUUUGUACACCCGAGUACAAUGCAAGUAUAUUGGACAUGAUUGUUGCCAGUGCUACAGCUGACCGGAUUCCCAUUGCUACAAGUGGAAUCCGAGCCAUGGGGUUCCUAAUGAAACAUCAAAUACAGAAUGAAGGUGGAAUAAUAUCUCCAAAACUCAUCACACUACUGGUGAAGAAUUUGCAGAAUUCAUCAAGUGACGUGAAGCUGGUGGCAGAGAAGAUGAUCUGGUUGUGUAGUAAAAACACUUUGAAUCCACUUGACCCUCAGACAAUCAAACCAAUCCUGAAAGCCUUGCUUGAUAAUACAAAAGACAAAAACACCAGUGUGCGGGCAUACAGUGAACAGGCCAUCGUCAGCUUGCUUAGGUUAAGGGAAGGAGAAGAGUUGUAUCAGAAUAUUUCUAAAAUUCUUGAUACUGCAAGUCUGGAUCUAUUGACUGAAAGCUAUCGACGAAGCUUGAAGAAGCUUGCCAGCCAGGCAGACUCAAUGGAACAGGUCGAUGACACCAUUCUGACAUGAAGAGUUGAAUGAUAUUUUUGCUGCAUAAAUUUAAGUGAAAAGUUAUAACUUUAAUUUUGUUUCUAAGUGCAGUCACCAUUAUGACAGGCUGUUGGAAUUGGACAUGAGACUGCUUUAGUAUUGCUGCACUUGGUUUGUGUAAAAAAUGAAUAGAGAUGUUUGUGGUGUCACGACAAAAGUUGCCAUUAACAACCUUUAAUGGGAGAGCAAGAGACUGCUUAUAAAGAUCCAGAGAAUGACAGCCUUCAGGUUUUCCAAAAAAGUAAUCAUUCAAUAAAAACUUUAACUGGUUGAAUGUCUUAUACCUAA